AGUAUCUUCCUCUAUAGAAGGAUAAACCACCGUCUCCCUAGCGGUGAGCCUGGGGUAGGGAGGGAGUCACGCUGAAAGCUGAGUGUGCCGUUGUCAGCACAGCACAGGAUCUGUGAUGUAUGGACCGUGCCUCCCCGACACCAGGCUCCUGGCCACAAGGCACAGGUUACGACAUCUCGAUCUGACACAGUCUCCGUGUGCUGCAGGACGACGCGGUUUUAUUAUCUGUGACAUGCCAGCAGACAGCCCAGCUCAGUCCGGGGAUCGCUCCCAUCACAGACACCUCCUUGUCCCCGCUCUGGCCUGCCCUCCAGAAUCACGGAUCAAGUUAUCCCGACCGACAGAGAUUUAUGGUCCCAUUUUACUCUCGUUAAAUUCCCACAGCUCAAGGAAGCUGAGGCCACUCCGUGCAGACGCCCGGUCUGGAAGCGCCGCCACAACUGUUUCUAGCCAGGGGACAAAGUCAGCAGAGAGGAAGUCCAGAAGCACUGGCCAGGCUCGAGGUGGCCAUCGCUGCCCCGUGGCAGCCCCUGCCAGCCUGAGCCAUCAUCCCUCCUCUGUCCGGCCCGUCUGCCAAGGCUGGCACUGCCCUGGAAAAUGGUGACAAAAUAAGAACCAUCUCAGGAGUGUCGCUAGGACCCUCAGUGAGUGGCACAGCCCUGGGCCCCUGGCACAGAGCCCCUCUCAUUUAACCCCACACCCUCCAGGAGAGAGGCACCAAGGCAGCCCCACUGUCUCAAAAAGGAAGCUGAGGUCAGAGGUCAAAAUGGCCCGGGGUACCCGCUGGUUCGCCCCCAGGCACCUCUGCCCCCUCCCCGGAGCCUCCACCCCACACAUCCCAGGCAAGAGCCCAACCAGGACUUGGCCUGGGAAGACCCCUCCCAGCCAGCCCCCCAGUUCCACACACAGGGUCCCCAUUCCACAGGUUCCCUCAUUUUCAUAAUAUUUAACAAAGGUAUAGGAACAAAUAGUUUAGCCAGAGUAAAAGGCUUCUGUCGGCUCUUUAGGAAACACAGCCCUCCCCUAAACCACUCCCCAGUUCUCACCGAGCAGGGCCCAUCCCGUCUCAGCCCAGAGGAACCUUUAGGCUUUGCCUCUUAGCACUUGAGUUUUCUGGGUAAGACACAACCCACCAGGGCCAGGCACGGUGGCUCACACCUGUAAUCCCAGCACUUUGGGAGGCCGAGGCGGGCGGAUCGCUUGAGCCCAGGAGUUCAAGAUCAGCUUGGGCAGAAAACAGAGACCCCCAUCUCUGCAAAACAUUUUUUAAAAUUUAGCCAAGCGUGGUGGCGUGUACCUAUGGUCCCAGCUACUCAGGAGGCUGAGGUAGGAAGAUAACUUGAGCCCAGGGGUUCAAGGCUGCAGCAAGCUAUGGUCUUGCCACUGCACUUUAGCCUGAGCAACAGAGCAAGACUCUGCCUCAGAGAAAAGGAAAGGAAAAAAUGUUUAUGAAGUACCACCAUAUGCCAGGGGCCAAGACAGCAAUGAACGGGCAAACCCUUCCCGUCUCAAGGAGGUAGCACCCUGAAGACCCCUGAGCCAAUACACAGUUUCUACCCAAGACUUGUAUCUUACAGGCCUGUUGGGAAAAGGCCUGACCUACCUACAGUCAUGGAGGGCUUCCCUGCAGAGGGGUGCUUGGAUGCCCAAGAGCUGGCUGGGAGAGGGAGGGGAGCAGCCACAGGGGACUCCAGUCCGGUGGGGAUCUGUGGGCCGGUCCAGGAGGGAUCAGACCCUAAGGCUCUGAGGAGGCUGAUGGCUGUCCUCACCUCGGUGGCAGAUGAAGGUCUCAGGGAGGGGCCAACUCACCCCAGCCUGGGCCCCGUGUGCCACUGUGUCCUAUCUUUAGAGCAAUCUGAUGAGGCAGAGGCAUAGGCAAACCCUUACAGGACAGAGGCCGGAGAUGGGCACCAUGCCCAGGUCUCCCUACCAGGCCCAUGCUCCAGCCACAGCUUGGGACCCUGGAGCCGAUUCCACCCCACACUCUCACAGCCCCAAGAGUAAGGGACUCGCCUGCCUCACCCUAAUCCUGUCUUUAUAUAAAACUUGGAUAUUUGGUUCAUUGUGAAUUUUUCCCAUUAAUGUAGACUUCUUAAAAAUACUACAUUGGCUGGGCGCGGUGGCUCACACCUGUAAUCCCAACACUUUAGGAGGCCAAGGCGGGUAGAUUACCUGAGGUCAGGAGUUCAAGACCAGCCUGACUAAUAUGGUGAAACGCCGUCUCUACUAAAAAUACAAAAAUUAGCUGGGCGUGGUAGCGCAUGCCUGUAGUCUUAGCUACUCCGGAGCCUGAGACAGGAGAAUCACUUGAAUCCUGGAGGCAGAGGUUGCAAUAAGCCGAGAUCGUGCCACUGCACUCCAGCCUGGGCAACAAGAGCGAAACUCUGUCUCAAAAAAGUAAAAGAAAGUUAAACUUAGGGUUACCAUAAGCCCCAUCAAUUGCACUCCUAGAUACACACCCAAGAGGAUUGAGGACAAGUGUUCAACCAAAAUCUCGCACACGCAUGUUCACAGCAGGACCAUUCACACCAGUGGAAAUGUGAGACCACCAAGUGUCCGUCAGUUGAUGACUGUGGUCCAGCCGUGCACUGGAAUAUUAUUCAGCCAGGAACAGGAGUGAGACCCAGCUGAAUCUUUGAAAUAUCGUGCUCAGAGAAACAGGCCAGACAUGAAGAGCCAAAUGCUGUUUGAUUCUAUUUUUAUGAAAUGUCCAGAAUAAGCAAAUCCAUAGAGACAGUGACUGCUGCCAGGUACAAGGCUUUCUUGGAGGUGGUGAAAAUGUUUUGGAAUCAGAUCACGAUGAUGGGGGCACAAACUUGUGAAUGUACGAAUGACACGGAGCGGUUCACCUUAAGAGGGCUGACACUCAGGCAGGUGCUUACAUAGAGAAGCAUCCAGCAGGAAGCAUGCUCACCCCAAGCAGCGGCUCACCUGGGGAGGGGAUGAGACGCGACAAUAAAAGGAGACUUUGGUCUUAUUUGUCAUGUUUAGUGCUUCGCAGGAGGGGGCGGGGGGCAUCCUUGCAGUUCUUGUAUUAGCAAAAAGUAAUUCUUAAAAGAGGGUGCCUACGUUAUCUUAAGUGAAACAACUCGGACACAGAAAGACAAAUACUGCAGGUUCUCACUCACAAGGGGGAGCUAAGUCACGUGUGCUCAUGGAGCAGAGUAUGGACAGACGGACAACAGGGCCUCGCAGGGUGGAGGGAAGGGAGGAUGGGUGGCUGCUCAGGGGUGCCAUGUGCAUUGCACCCUUGACCAAUGCACAGAAGGCCCUGACUUCACACAGUACAACAUCUCAAUGCAGCAUCCUCGUACUUAAACCCCAUGAAGCUAUACAAAUAAAAAUCAUGAGAACAUAAAAUAGGGUGACUAGCAGUGAGACCAUGUGGAGAGAAGACGGGGGGGCUUCAUCCUUCCCCCCACCAAGAAAGCCUCCGCCCUCCCAAGUGCCCAAGGCAGGGCCCACAUCUGCACCCCUCCUGCCCAGCGCAGCCUGGCCCCAUGGGCACACAGCACCCGCCAUCAGGAUGCCCCCCAGCCGGGCCAGCAAGGGCUUGUCUGCAGGGAGGGUGGGGAUGGGCCCUGGUCGUCACAGAAGGCAGCCCCAUUCCUGCAGGGCCGUGCUAAUAGGUGACCCAUUUAUCUGGCGGCCAGGGCUGCAGGGCUGGCCUGACCUGGCCACUGCACUGGCCACCCCACCCUUUAUCUAUCGCUCCAGUAACACAAAUACCAGGCAGCAGGGCCAGCUUUUAAAGGUGCGUUUUACAGCGAGAUGCCUUUGAAGCUUAUCUCCCACCCCUCCCAGCUCAGAGAUAAAAGGCUGCCUCACCCCUGGGGUGGGGCAUUGUGCCCCCAUCUGGCCUAGGAAGCAGGUGUAGGGGGCCAUGAAGAGCCCUCUUGGUCCCUCACCCCAGGCCCAGCAGCCCCAGCCCCUCAGGUGCAGGUGGGGGUGGCUGCCAGGGCUGGGAGGCCACACACACACUUGGGGCCUCAUUCCUCAGCUGUAUAAUGGGGCGAUGGAGCAGCCCCCACGCUGAAACCUGGCCACGGUUUGCCAGCAGCGUGUUGAGGGCUUGCUGCCUCAUUCUGCGAUGCUUCCUGUGAGCCCGGACGCCGGUGCCUGGGUGUCCAUCACACCCCCCAGCUCCUGGCUGAUCAGGAUUCAACAGACAUUGGCUGAAUGAAUGAACAGGUGAGUGGUACCAGGAGAGGAACCCCUUUCACCCUCAUCAGCCCUGCAAGGGACAAGUAAACUGAGACUCAGACAGUGCCCUCUGUGUGCCCGAUUCUCACAGCCAAAAGCCCCGUAAAUGUGUGAGUCACGUUCUUGGCCAUCCAUGUGCCCAGAGCCUGGACAGGGCCUGGUGGGCGGCCAGGAAAUGGGUCUUGGAUGGUUGCAUCAAUGAACGAAGG